AUGUCAGUGAGGAACGGCAUACCCACAACAGCCUCAACAGCUACAACAACAGCGAAACAAAAAUCAUCUCAAGCCUCCAACGAUACACAAACCUCUUCGAAUUCAAGCAAUCAACCUUCCAGGAGUCUUUCUUCAUCAAACGGCUCAAGACCUACGAGCACUCGCAGCACACCAGAUCCAUCGACUCAAUCAACAACCUCCCAUCCUACUCGAGAAGCUUCAGUCGAGCCUCUGGUCGGCACUGGUCAACGAACUUCAACCGCAACUCCAAAUCUCACAAUUACUAUCACCGGUCUACAACCUUCUCGAAACGGCCAUCGCUCAAUAGCCAUGUCUUCCUCCUCUUCCACCCCUAGCAGCACUUCCACCGCCGGCUCCUCUUCUGGAUCUGGAGGCUACACACAGCUUCCGUACGCGCCUUUUCCGUAUCCCAUGCCUGCUAACCCUCGCGGCUCAGGAUCGGGCAACGGAAAAUAG